AAGACAGGACCUCUUACCAAGUACGCACAUCCAGACUCACUGAUCAACACCCUUGAAGAAUCACUCAAGAAUUGUGAUGGUUGUCUUAUGAACUUUGGAAAGUGCAAGCAGAACCUACCAAAUCCACUGAUGAAAUAGAUGUUGAUCUCAAAUCAUACAGGAAAGUGCAAGCAAAACCUACCAAACCCACUGAUGAAAUAGAUGUUGAUCUCAAAUCCUACAGAGUUCAUGCUGGUGGCAAAAACCAAAAAAAAGGGUAAAGCAAGGAACAAAAAGGUCAGUUCACCAAAGCAAAAAAAGUUCAUGAUGGAAAUAACUCUUCUGAUAAAUCAGAGAUUAGAUUUGACAAAGAUGAAGGAAUAGAAUUAGCAGUAAAUAAUGAGAAGCUGGAUACAAAGAAAUUUAUGAAUGCAGGUGAAAAUGAUGAAAACUCAGACCAGCAUAUUUACAAUAUCAAAGACGAUAAAGGUUCAGAUGGAGUUGUGCAGGCUGAUUCAAAGAAUAAUCUGUUGAAACUGAAUUUUGAUGAAAAUAGGAAAAUUGAAAUAGAUAAUGAUAGUGGCAGUGAUAUUCAUAUACCAGUGAAACGUUCGUGUGCAAGAACUUGUAUAGAAUCUGAUACAGACACAAGUCCUGGAUAUGAUAUAUUCGAUAAAAGCGUUUCACCAGAACGCAAUAUGUCUUUGAAUGUUUCUGAUCAACCAAAAGAUAUGCCCAGAAAUGAACAAGUAGACAAUGUCUGUGAAUCAGUAUUGAAAAAUGAUGAUAUGAUGACAAUUGAUUUGACAGAUGUUUCAGAUGGUCUAGAGGAAGAUGCAAUGUUUGAUAAUGAAUUAAAGAAUAAAAGCUUUGAUACAGGUAAACAUGAUACAGACAAUGAUACUGAUAUGUCACUAAAUGAUCAUGCUCAUUCAAGAAAUCCUUUAGAAUCUUCUUUAGAUUCAAACAUCAAAGAUGAAGACAUUGAAAAGGCAAUAGAUGCUAAUAUGUACACAUGUACUGAUGAAACAGAAACAGAAGUUGAAUUUGUAGCAAAUCUUGGAUUAGGUGAUAGACCGGAUAAAUAUUUCAAAUUCUUACCCCUCUCGAAGAAUGACAAACAGAACAUUUGUACAAAAUUGAAUAUCAGAUAUAUAGGUACAAGCUGUGAUUCAAGGUUAGAUAGAGAUAGCUUUAUCGGAAUUCCUUUACAUAGUAAACAAAUUAUUGGUGACGGCAAUUGUUUCUUUCGUGCAAUUUCAUAUGCAAUUUCUGGAACUGAGCAUAAUCAUGCAAUUCUAAGAAAUGCCACGGUAAAACAUUUAUUGCAAACUAAGGACAUGUUUAAUAAUACAUUGAGGCAAGAGUAUAGAACAGUCAGAGAAUAUGUUUCGAAACGUAGAAUAAUGGAAGACGGAACGUGGGCUACAGAUACUGAAAUUAGUGCUUUAGCAAAUUUAAUCGAUACCGAUAUUUAUUCAUACAAUGACCAAGUACCAUGUUGGCAAUUGUUCUCUGCAAAAGAACCUGGAAGAAUAAAUAUUGUAACCUCUGAUAAGGGAAUUUAUAUACUAUACACAGGAAAUAUUCAUUUUAAUGCUGUUGAAUCUGUUGAAAUUGAUGAAGUGGUGGAUAAGUCUCCGAUAAAUCACGAUGAGAGGAAAGGUACUGCAAAUCUUUUUGACAUGACAUAUGAACAGUGUGCAAGUAAUCAGUCUGAAUCAGUCGUUCACAACAAACGUAACACCAAGGAUGAAACCCCUGAAAAAGCAGUCGAGGUUUUCAGAUUGAUAACGGACACAGUGUUGUACUUAGUACUCCAAGUUGGCAAGGUGUGUACAAGCAUUGCAUGA